AUGGCCGGACCCAACGCCACGACGACCGCCGCCGACACCAGUGGCUUCGCGCGCCAGCGUCGAGGGGGUGGGACAUCGGAAUUCGUACCGGUGCGGACCGCCGUCGUCGAGGAGCUAUCCGACACAUCCGAGGAGGAGGAGGCGGCGGUAAACGACGACAGGAAUAAGGUAGGAGGGGAGAAGAAGAAUGAGGAGGACGCGCAAGAGAAGGAUUCACGGCCGCGAGCCCGCCGGCCGUCGGCCCGCGAGCGCGUCGCCGACGACGACGACUACAGCCCCUGGGUCGACGUGCUGCGCGUGCUCUCGUUCCUCGUCGUGGCCAGCUGCGCGCUCAGCUACCUGGUCUCGGGGGGCGAGAGCUUCACGUGGGGGAUGCAGGACCCGCCGCGGUACCUGCAGCUGCGGUGGUGGCAGGCCCAACUACGCGGACCGAUCUACCUGACGCCGGAGGAGCUGGCGCAGUACGACGGGCGGGACCCGCAGAAGCCGAUCUACCUGGCGAUCAACGGCAGCAUCUUCGACGUGUCGGCGAACCGGCGGACGUACGGGCCGGGGGGCUCGUACCGGUUCUUCGCGGGGGCGGACGCGUCGCGCGCGUACGUGACGGGCUGCUUCGCCGAGGACCGCACCGCCGACCUGCGCGGCGCCGAGGCCGCCUUCCUGCCUCUCGACGACCCCGCCGCCGACGCCCGCUACCCCGCCGCCGAGCUCGCCCGCCUCCGCCGCCGCGAGCGCGCCGACGCCCGCGAGCGCGUCCGCGAGGCCCUCGCCCACUGGGUCCAGUUCUUCGAGCGCAACCCCAAGUACCCCAAGGUCGGCUACGUCAGGCGCGACCCCGCCUGGCUCGACGCCGAGCCCCGCCGCCCCCUCUGCGACGCCGCCCAGAAGGCCAGGCGCCCCCGCCCGCCGCCCGCCGCCGCCGCCGAGGGGGAGGGGGACGUCGAGGGGAAAGGGAGAAGCUGA